AUGAAGAUCCCAACCCUCACUUCACUGGCAGUGUUUACACUGGUCAACGGCCAAAUCACUUCCUGGGGAAACGGCACCGUGACAUGCCUCAAGCCUGGCGGUUCGUUCUGCCUUGGCGAUUCCCUGGCAACCGACUACAUCGUCAAGUGCGACGACAAGGGAGUUGCUCAGGUGUCGUCUUGCUGUGAUAUUCUCGCCGCCAAAUUCCCCCUCGACGCUCCCGGCACUUGCUGGCAGACUUCCCCUAGCAGCGGAGACGCUGUUUGUGAAAAGAACUGCAUUGCCUACUGUGAAAGCGAUACCUUUGUUCUGCCCACCCAGCAGUGUACACCUUCGACCACCCAGAAUCCAUCGGGAGCCGCCACCCCUUGCCCCCCAGGUGUCGCUACCACCCCGCUUGCUCCUGGCGAGCCUCAAGUCACGGCUCCUGGAAUUCCAGGCGAGCCCACUGCUCCGGGAAUCCCCGGUGUGCCCACCGAUGCCCCUCCCGUUGCCCCUGGUCAGCCUGACGUUCCGGCCACCCCGGUUCCUGGUCAACCUGACGUCUCGGCUACUCCAGUUCCUGGACAGCCUCCGAUCCCUCCACCAGCCGGUUCCGGCCCGCCCCUAGUUGAGCCUUCGGUCACUCCGACUGCGCCAACUGCCAGUGUCCCAGGCGGCGGAGUCCCCGCAGGUACAGCCACAGGUCCAGGCGGCGUACCGCCUCCCAUCGCUACACCCCCUCCUGAGGGAACCGAGCCCCCAAUGGUCCCAACUGCGGGUGCUCCAGUUGUUGAGCAAGCUGGUGUAGCUAUGGCCAUUGUCGGUUUGGCAGCUGUCUAUCUCCUUUGA